AUGACUUCAAGAAAGGUUAUAGCAAUGGCUGCAACAUGUUCUAGAGACUUGGAGAUGUCGAGUUUAACGACACUAUCUCCGUUGGAUGGUCGUUAUUGGGGGAAAGUUAAGGAAUUGGCCUCUUCUUUGAGCGAGUUUGGCUUGAUCUAUUUCAGAGUACUUGUCGAGAUCAAUUGGCUUCUUAAGCUAUCGAAAAUUCCGGAAGUGACUGAAGUUCCUAGCUUUAGCAAAGAAGCUGAGACCUAUUUGCAAGGCAUAGUCGAUGGAUUUAGCUUGGAUGAUGCACUGGAAGUUAAGAAGAUCGAGAGAGUAACGAAUCACGAUGUGAAAGCAGUUGAGUAUUUCUUGAAACAAAAGUGUGAAUCAGAACCAGAGAUUGCUAAGGUUCUUGAGUUUUUCCAUUUCGCGUGCACGUCUGAGGACAUCAACAAUCUUUCUCAUGCUUUGAUGCUUAAAGAAGCAAUUGGAUCUGUUAUACUUCCAGCCAUGGAUGAGCUGAUCAAGUCAAUUGCGGUGAUGGCUAAGGAAUAUGCGUAUGUCCCCAUGCUCUCGCGAACUCACGGGCAGCCAGCUUCGCCUACAACUUUGGGGAAGGAAAUGGCGAUUUUCGCUGUGAGGUUAAGCGAAGAAAGGAGAUAUCUUGCAGAAACUAAGAUUAAGGGGAAGUUUGCGGGUGCUGUUGGGAAUUACAACGCUCACAUUUCCGCAUAUUCAAAUAUCAACUGGCCUCAUGUUGCAGAGGAGUUUGUUACUUCCCUCGGGUUAACAUUUAACCCAUACGUGACUCAGAUUGAACCUCAUGACUACAUGGCUAGACUUUUUAAUACAAUUAGCCAAUUCAACACUAUCUUAGUUGAUUUUGACAGAGAUAUAUGGAACUACAUAUCUCUAGGGUUCUUUAAGCAGAUAACUAAAGCGGGUGAAAUUGGAUCGUCGACAAUGCCCCACAAAGUGAAUCCUAUUGACUUUGAGAACAGUGAAGGGAAUCUAGGGAAAGCAAAUGCAGAGCUCACUUUUUUCAGCAUGAAGCUUCCCAUUUCACGAAUGCAGCGUGACUUAACCGAUUCAACUGUUUUGAGAAACAUGGGUGGAGCUUUAGGCCACUCUCUUCUCGGUUACAAGAGCGCGAUACAGGGGAUUGGGAAGCUUCAGGUUAAUGAAGCUCGGUUAAAAGACGAUUUGGAUCAAAAUUGGGAAGUCCUCGCUGAACCGAUACAAACUGUGAUGAGGAGAUACGGUGUUCCAGAGCCGUACGAGAAGCUGAAAGAGCUAACAAGAGGAAGAGCUGUGAAUGAAGAAAUCAUAAGAGAGUUUAUCAAAAAGUUGGAAUUGCCUGAAGAUGCAAAAUCUCAACUUUUGAAGCUAACUCCACACACAUAUGUUGGUGCUGCUGCUGCAUUGGCUUUGGCUGUUGAUGAAGCUCUGCACUUGGGACAUUGA